CCGACUGACAAUUUACUGCCCUUCUGACGUAAUGUAUAUUAACGUGCUCAUUCCAGGAAAACUUGUUAAGGUAUUGCUUGUGAGAGAUGAGAACAGGGUUUUCGACGACAGAACUUAAGAAUGACAUUAUAUAGCAAAACGGUUAUCCCGCCUGAGUGUUUUUGGUCGUUAAAUAUCGUGCAAUAGGAAUAGACACUGUGUGUUUAGCUCACCAAGGCUCGCUAAAUUCAAUGUUUAUUCCUCAGACAGGAUAUUUAUGUUAUUAUAUUUAAGAUAUGUUUUGUUUGAGGAAUUUCACUGUCUGGCUCAUCAUCGUACGCCGUGUUGGGUCAGAGCUUCCGGUUUAACUGCACUGUACCAGGGCCAUCUACAGGACAACUCCUACUCUUCAAGAGAGAUAAUACAGACGUUUGUACAGUCUCACUCAACCCGUGUCAACAGUUCUCAUCCCCUCCAGGUUACACCUGUUCUUGUGGACAGAGCGGCGUGUACAACAUGGACAUAACCAGCGUCAGUAAGAGAGAUGAAGGGAGAUGGGAAUGUGAACUUUCACAAUCCAGCAACAUCAUCACACUGCCUGUUUACUAUGGACCAUCCAACAACGUGACUGUUGACACGACCUCCCCCCUGACUGUGACAGAGGAUGUGACUGUGUCUCUCACUGCCAGAUGCUCUGCUGAUUGCAACCCUGCCUGCGGCUACACCUGGAUUAAGGGGUCACAACAGCUGUCUGAAAGCAGAUAUCUUCCUGUCGGAAGCUUCAGAAGGGGUCAGGGGGGCGAGUACAGAUGCACAGCCAGGAACACAGCAACUGGGGCUACAGCUGACAGUCAGAUUCUCACCGUGAUUGUACAAUGGCCUCCAGCAAUGCCGACACACAACUGUCCAUCUUGGAUAGCCCUUGGUCAGACAGGCAGCUGUACAUGUCAGACUUCAGACAGAGGUAGCCCUGCAGGAACAGUCCAGUGGAUCAGUCCGGGUGGUCAAAUGAUCUCCUCUUCAGUGUCUUCAUCUGUACAGCUAAACUUGACUUCAAUUCCGAGAUCUGACAAUGGGAUGAACUACAUCUGUAGAGCACGCAACUCUCUGCCCAACACGAAAAGAGAAGCAACUUACGUUGUCAGAAUUGCAUUGGCGCUUCAUCUAGACUCUAUCGCAAAAUAUGAAAACAAGAGGACCUACAUCUGGGGACAUGCUAACAUCUCGAGGUGA